AUGUUAAGCUCAGGUGUUAUUGUGAGACGCGGCCCUUGGGAUGGUUCUGAUGAAAAUACCACUACCACUCAGCCCCCCGCGCCCGGAACGGGCAAUGGCUACAUCCAGGAGCAAAUACCCUUUAGGCUCAGGAGCCAGGCUACUGGCCAUACGAACCAGCCUCAGAUCCAGGGGGAUGAACAGACUCCGCACAGACAAGGAGCUUUUGUUGGCCACAGACCUUCAGCACCUGGAGGUGGAACUGGUCAGCGCAUCGAGGCUCCACACGACGGGUUCGACUUGAUAGAGGCUCUAUGCCGAUGCCUAGACGUGGCGCAGAUGGUCACCGACUACCUGGACGUGCAGGAUCUGGUCAAUCUGUAUUCCAUCUCCAGAUCGUGCCAGAGCAUGUUCAACAGAAACUACCAGAGGUUUACUCUCCGCCACGCCCGGCUGAAUGCUCCCCAAUCUGCACGCGUAUUCCCGUUCCUCUGCUACUACUGGCUCUUCAUCCCAGGAAAGUUCGCUCUGCCGUUCUACAACCAUGUUCACCAACGAAUGCAAUUGCAUCCGAUACCCACGUUCCGCUGGCUGGCCAUGGUCCGCCACAGGGAAGCAGUCGUGAACGACAUCGUCCACUUGAUGGAGCAAGAAGGCUUCAGGCUACCAACGCCCUGUACACUGGUCAUCAAAAAGCUAUGGUUCCUCAUGGACAUACCCGACAACCGGCGUCGCGCGUGGACAAUCCAGAAUCGAAGACUGUGGGAGGACAUCGACUUGUUCUUCGCGAUGUUCUUCCUCGUCCAGCUCGACAUAUGUCUGAGAAGGCGGCAUAACAAGCCAAACGGCGCGCUUCGGCGUCUCGUCAUGGCCCAGCCCAGUCUGAUGUUCCUGUGGAGGGUUCUCACCAACACUGCGCUGACGAACCAGUUUGAAGUUGUCGACGCUUUCGUCCGCUGGCAGUACACUCUGGAGCACCGCGAGCCCGGCGUGUAUAUUUUUGGCGUGCCUUCUGAGCAGGUGGGACUGCUUCAGUACGAAGGAUAUCGUCCAACAGACGGAGCACAGAUACUGCAGCGCCCGGACGAACUCGUUGUGCGCGAAAUGGUCAGAAGAGGACUGCAUAUGCAGACUAUGUAUCGUGACAUUUUCCUUCUCGGUAAUACACAGCCCUACACUACUCCUGACUCCGGAGAUGCUGCAUGGGACGAGGAAAUGCGUCAAGCAGUUAGAGGCACGGGUGAAGAUUGGAUGGACUGGGUGAUACUGGAACAGUCCUGGGCGGCAGCAGAAAGGGACGUUUAG